GGCACGAAGGACUCAUGGACCUCGAGGCGCAGGCCAAAGAGACGGCCACCAUGGUGCUCUUCGUCAUUGACAACCUCACGCGCGCCAUCGUCUCGAUCAACGAAGCGGCCGAGUACAUGUGCUGCGGCCGGCGCGUCGUGCUCGUCGUCCUGGACAUGGAAGCAGGUGUUCACAUCGGCAACAAGGCGCUCACCGAGCACGAGAUCGCCGACUUGAACGCAGCGCGCGCGUGCCUGCGUCAGUAUGUCUCCAUGUACCCGCUCGUCAAGCUCUUUGCGACCGUCGAAGAUGCCGUGACGCACGUCAUCUCGGAAGACUGCCUCGCCCCGGUCACCAGCAAGGGCGGGUCGCGCGUCCGGCCCAACCGACUCCGGAAGCGGUCGUCGCUCGUGCUGAGUCAGUGGCCCAAGAAGCCGCUCAAUACAAAGGUCUUCAUGCGGUCGUGUUCGAGCAGCUCGAUCAUCGAGAGCGAAGGCAGCUCCGAGGACGAAGGCGACGCCGAGUCGCCGCUGACCAACUCGGCGCCGGUCAAGGAGUCGAGCCAGCGCUACAUCUACCUCGGCGGGAACCUCCGCCAUACGUCGUGGCGUGCGAGCACGGCGAUUCCGAUGCUGCAAAGGCGCUUGUGCCGUACUAUAGUCCGAGCGGCGACUUUCUCUGGGUCGCCAACGGCGUCGAACACAAGUCGGACAAGAACAUGAAGCACUCGGCCGACUUGAUUUUGAUUGUGAUUCCCAGCAAUUGCCGGUCGAUCGCCUCGAUGACCGACGCGCUCCUCCUCAUCUGCAGUGAACGCGCAGUCUUGCUCGUGAUCGAACCCAUGACCGAAGGCACUUCGAUGGAAGACGGCGCAACGCCCAUCGGCCGCGAGUUCCAGGACCUCCAUCGCGCCCGCGCGUACCUCACCGAGACGGCACAUCGCCAUGACACGCACAUCUUUGACGACGUGGCAUCGGCCAUCGACUUUAUCCUCACCUACCAUCACUAAGGACCGUUGGCACAUAUAUAGGACUAGGUUCUUAGUUGUAGUAGCUGAAAUGGUGGUACCAACGAGUGACUCUUCAAACACUGUCC